AACUUCGCAAGAUGAGGUUCUGGUCUCUGCUCGUCGUCGCGUGGAUGCCCGUUCUGCAGGUCCUCCUCGCAGGCCUGCUCGGAGCUUGUCUUGCGUCCAGCCGGUUCAACGUCCUCACCUCUGAUGCUCGAAGGAGCAUAAAUAAGAUUGUUUAUAUUGUCUUCGUCCCAUCACUCGUCUUUUCGAGCUUGGCAGGCACUGUAACGCUCAAGGACGUCAUUUCCUGGUGGUUCAUGCCAGUGAACAUGAGCAUCAUAUUCCUGAUCGGAGCAACUCUAGGAUGGCUGGCCGUGAAGGCCCUAAAGCCAGGACAACAUCUUCAGGGACUUGUCAUUGCUUGCAGCUCGGCAGGUAACUGGGGAACUAUUCCUUUGAUGAUUGUUCCGGCGAUCUGUAACGAGGAGGACAGCCCCUUUGGUGAUGCCAGCACCUGCAAAUCUCUCGGCAUCUCCUACGUCUCAUUGUCCAUGGCAGUAAGCUUGACAACCGCCUCGUUAACUCUGUCCAAGAAUGGUACAUUUUGGAUUCAGAUAUGUUUCAUGCAGCUAGGAAAUUUCUUCAUUUGGACCCAUAGCUACAGCGUCAUGAAGAGAUCUGCUCAGCUCUAUAACAAAGGAUGUAAUGAUCACCCUACAACUAAUAACAUAAGAAAAGAACAAAAUUCACGAGAAGAUCAAAAUGGUAAUUAUGCCGCUUUUCUGCCCAUGUUGUCAUCUACAGAUUCUUGCGAGGAUGCCUCCAACAACUCGGUUAGUUCUACCUUGCUUUCCAACAGUCUUUCUGGUACCUUGAUGCACUAUUUCAGAAGAGCAAAGGAUUUGCUGGUAGAGAUACUGAAAGAAAUGUGGUCACCUCCCAGCGUUGCCGCGCUCGUAGGGUUUACUGUCGGUGCAAUCGACAAGCUGAAAUCACUCGUUACGGAGGAAGACAGCCCUCUCCGAGUGGUCCAAGAUACUGCACAGUUACUAGGAGAUGCUGCAAUACCUUGCACUGUCCUCAUACUCGGCGGAAACCUUACCAAAGGCAGAGGAAGGACGACGAUGAAGCCUCUGGUAGUCGUAUCGAUUAUUGUGAUACGCUUCGUGAUCCUUCCUGCCUGUGGAAUCGGCGUGGUCAAGGCAGCCAGUGAGCUUGGAUUUCUGCCAAGAUCUCCCCUGUACCACUACGUUCUGUUGUUGCAAUCUACAGUCCCCCCAGCAAUGAGCAUCGGAACCAUAGCUCAGCUGUUCGAUGUUGGGGAAGAGGAGUGCUCCAUCGUCUUCCUCUGGACGCACCUGGUUGCCGCACUGGCGCUCACACUCUGGUCGACGGUGUUCAUGUCACUGGUGUCCUGAGUGUCUCUUAAGUAAAAGACUGCAUCAGCCAGGCACAUUUGUUGUACUAUAAUGUGUUUCAAGUAUUAUCAAGUUACAAACUUAAAUAAGAUUUAGAUGAGCAUGCGGAAAGUUGCAGUACAGAGAUAAAAAGAAUGUAGCAGGGCAUGGUAGAUUUUGAGCAUCAAU